AUGGAAAAAUCAAAAAUAAAAGAAAUAAUAGAAAUGAUUCUAAAAGAUUUUAUUCCUAUAUCAAUGGUGAACAAUGAUGGUUUUAAAAAUUUUGUCAAAUCAAUAUCCCCUGUAUAUAAUUUACCAAAUCAAGAUCAAAUACGCGAAGAGAUGGAAAAAAAUUACAGAGAUGCAAAAAAAAUAAUCCAAAAGAAGUUAAAUGAUGUUAAGUACGUGGGAAUUACAAUUGACGUAUGGGAAUCACGUAGAGAAAUUGGUUACAUCACGGUUUCAGCCCAUUUUAUUCAAGGCGAUAAAUUAUACUCCUACGUUUUGGCAACCAGAGAAAGAUCUUGGAUAAUCAAUCCUGAAAACAUUGGAAAUGUUAUAAAAAAAGUGAUAAAAGAAUGGAAUAUUACAAGUAAAGUUGUUGGAGUUAUGACUAAAAAAGAAAUAGAGGAAGCGGUUACAAAUUACACAAGUUUUAAGCAUAUUCCUUGUAUCGCAUAUUAUUUUGACACAUUUAUUAAUGAACAUAUGAAUAAUGAUUUAUUGAGAAAAUGUAGAGAGCAUAUUAUAGGGAUUAAAAAUACUGCAACGAAAAAUAUCCAAAGUAUCCAAUUUGAACUUCACAAAAUUAUCACAUACAUAGAAUCAAAUGAUUCAUACAUUUGGAGAGAUAAGGUUUUAAUGGUAGAACAACUAUUAAAAUUAAAGGAACCUCUCAACAUUUUUUAUGAAAAGCAUCCAGAUAUGUUAAAUUUUAGGUUGAGUGAAGAAGAUUGGAAACAAUUAGAGAAAUUUCAAUCAUUUAAAAGUGUAGAACUAUUUUACAAAAAUUUGUUUGAUGAUGAAAAAGAAACUUUUUCAUCGAUGUUAAUAAUAAUGAAGAAUUUUAAGCAGGUUUUAGAUAAUUAUAAAAAUAGUAAUAAUAACUAUCGACAUCAAUAUAGUACUUUGAUGGAUACAGUAAAUAAACUUUAUAAAGUUAUGGAGACAAAUACUAUAGUUCAAUGUUCCAACAUUUUGGAUCCAAGAUACAAAACAGAAGGAUUUACAACAAAAGAAAAUAAAGAUAAAACAAGAAAUCAAUUUUCAAAGUCUGAGUUUUUGUUAGAUGCAGAAAAAGAACUUGAUGAGUACUUAAAAUUAGGAAACAAGGCUCCAAGCAUAGAUCCAUUAAAAUUCUGGUCUGAUAACAAAACUGCGUUUCCUGAGCUAUACGAUUUGAGCUUAAAAUACCUAUGUUUUCCUAAAACAUGCAUUCUCUUUGAAAUUAUCUUGUCGAAAUAUGGGCGGUUAAGAAACAAUAACAGAAAACCUUUACCACCGAGUGAUGUAGACCAUAUAUUGUUUUUAAAUUCUUAUGAACUCAUGAACGAUCCCAUGUUUUAA